UCAAGCUCAGCACAAGCAUCGUCAACACUCAAAAUUUCCCCUGAUGCACGCUGUGGCGGAACUACGAAGCAGACAUGCAUCGGCUCCGGAUUCGGCGACUGUUGCAGCUCCUACGGCUGGUGCGGAGUCACCGCAGCCUACUGCAAGACAGGCUGCCAGCCCGGUUUUGGGAAAUGC